AUGCAUCAGUUGGAUAGCAAUGGGUCGUCCGAGCAUUCUCUGAACAGCUCAUCGAGGCUCAAGGAUACGCACAGCUACGUUGGAUUUGCCAAUUUUCCCAACCAGGUCUUCCGGCGUGCCAUUAAAAAUGGCUUCGAAUUUACGUUGAUGGUUGUCGGUUGCUCUGGCCUUGGCAAAUCUACAUUCAUCAAUUCACUUUUCUGUGCCGAAAUCAAUAAUGUGGAAAUGGAAAAUCGAACAGUUACGCCGACGCUGCAGAUUGAGGAAAAAAUGGUUCGCCUGGUUGAAAAUGGCGUUACACUGAAUCUUACACUGGUCGAUUGCCCGGGUUUUGGAGAUGCUCUCGACAAUAGCCAGUGUUGGGAGCCGAUCGUGAAUUUUAUCGAGAAGAAAUAUUUGGAUUACUUCUCAGAAGAAACCAAAAUUGAGCGCUCAGCAAUAAUUCCGGACAAGCGUGUUCAUCUUUGCCUAUAUUUCAUCAGUCCAACUGGUCACGGGUAA